AUGCAAGCUGCCCGUAAACUCCAAACAAGAAGAAGAAGCCGGUUUCCUCCAACAACAAUGGCGUCCUCCACGACGGGAGACGGCGUGAGUGAAGCACAAACAGGGAAAAAAUCCAAAAAGACUAAAAGCCAAGUGGAUGAAUCUGAACUACUGGCUGUUCCUGAUGGAUGGAAAGAGCCAUCUUUCACCAAAGAUGACAACCCCCGUGGUCUUCUGGAGGAGAGCAGCUUUGCCACCCUCUUCCCCAAAUACAGAGAAGCCUACCUGAAGGAGUGCUGGCCGCUUGUGGAGAAGGCUUUAGGAGAGUCAAACAUCAAAGCCACUCUGGACCUGAUAGAGGGAAGCAUCACAGUUUGCACCACUAAGAAAACAUAUGACCCUUACGCCAUCGUGAGGGCCAGAGAUCUCAUUAAGCUGCUGGCCAGGAGUGUCCCAUUCGAGCAGGCGGUGCGGAUAUUACAGGAUGACAUGGCGUGUGACAUCAUCAAAAUCGGGACCAUGGUGAGGAACAGGGAGCGGUUUGUGAAGCGACGACAGCGGCUGAUUGGCCCCAAGGGCUCCACUCUAAAAGCAUUGGAGUUGUUGACCAACUGCUACGUGAUGGUGCAGGGCAACACGGUGUCGGCCCUGGGGCCCUUCAACGGUCUGAAGGAGGUACGCAAAGUGGUGAUGGACACAAUGAAGAACAUUCAUCCCAUCUACAACAUCAAGACACUGAUGAUCAAACGUGAGCUGUCCAAAGACCCCGACCUGAGGAUGCAGAGCUGGGAACGCUUCCUGCCCAAGUUCCGCCACAAGAACCUGGCCAAGCGCAGGGAGCCCAAGAAGAAGAGUGUGAAGAAGGAGUACACGCCGUUCCCUCCAGCACAGCCAGAGAGCACGGUUGACAAGGAGCUGGCCACAGGAGCAUUCUUCCUGCGUGAAAGUGUUAAAAAGAGAAAGAAGAUGGAAGAGAUCAAAGUGAAACAAGCGGAGGCACUGACCAAGAAGCAGGAAGAGCGGAACAAAGCUUUCAUUCCUCCUAAAGAAAAGCCUUUAAUGAAGAAAACCCCAAAAGCUCCUACAGAAGGCAAGCUGGACAUCGAAGCCAUCAAGGAGAAAGUGAAAAAAGCCAAAACCAAGAAACUGGGGGCUCCACCAGUGAACCCAUGUCCCCCCACCAGCAGCACCACUGGCAAAAAGAAAAAGAGCAAAACAAAAAACAAAGGCUAACCACAGACUUAGACUGUCAUAGUUGUAAUGUGUACUCCAUGAUAUGGUAUUUGUUGGACAGUCCUAUUGGACAGAUUAAGGACUCUGUCAGGAAGAUGGGACGCCAGACAUACAGUGUGUGCUUGGAUCAAAAAUGAAUUCCAUCACAAACUCAUGUUUUUAUUGAACUUUUUUUUUGUGGAGAUUUCCUGUUCAUAAUACCUAGUUUAAUCUUCUUUCUGGAGACCAAUUCUCAGUCGGUAUGCUCAGUAUUUAUACAUUUCAAAAGAUAUUGUUCUGUCCUUAAGGCUAAUGCGUGUCCAGGAGGAGGCCGACCCACUCUGAUGGAAAUGUCAAAUUAAAGGAAGAUUUUUACAACCUGGAUCUUACAUCUGUAGGUUUGCCUUAAUUCUUUUUGAUCAUGAAAACAAACUUAAUAUAGAGGUGAAGUAUGGGUGGCUUGACUUAACAAUAUCUCUAGAUACAGGUUUAUAGCAAAGUCCACAUUUCUUGGUGGUGAGAUUUAAAGUCCAAUUUAUCUAAAGCACUUAUUUGGAAGUAAAAAUAAAGGUCAGUGUUGGAUAUCAUUCUAUUUUUUUACCUCCAAAGAGGUUAUGUUUUCGGUUGGGUAUGUCAGUUUGUCUGUCAACACGAUUGUGAAAGCACUACUGACCCGAUUUUCACCAAACUCAGUGGAAGGGUGUAUUAUGGGCAAGUAAGACCCAUUAUAUUUUGGAGUGGAUACAAAUCACGGAGUGGGAACACAAAAUAUGUUUCACUUUAAUUAACCUCACGAAAUAGGUGCUGCAUUCAUGUGGUGUCGGCAUAAUGAGUUCCCGACUGGAGAAAUUCACAAUGCAUUGUGAGGUGGGGCAUGCCUUGGCGGAGGUCUGCGCUCUGAGUGCCAUUCUCGGAGAAUCAAUUGGUUUAUUUUUUUAACUUCUUGCAGUUUAUCAAGGACAUGUUAUUGCCUCAUAAAGUUGAUAUGGUGAACAUGUUAGCGAACAGCUGUCUAUUUACUUGUCUAGUUUGUAUACACAGAGUCCAAUAUUCACUCUUCUGUUGGCUGGAAAUAUCUCUCUUUUUGCUCACCUAGUUGCUAACUCGAUUAGACCUCUGACCUUUAUGUGCAGAUCUUCCAGUAAGUGACAAGAGAAAAGCUGCCUAUUGACAAAAAUUAAAUGUUAAAUAAAACCUGCAUCUUCAUCGUA